AUGGCAAACAGUGAGUUACUUAGCCUUCUGUGUGUAGCGUCGCUCACAGUACUGGUGAAUGCUACAGCAAAUCUUAGUUUUACUGAUGAGAUUGCCAUUCUGAAGGAGAGAGUUGGCGAUCUGGAACAGAGACUAAUUGAAUCGCAAAGUAUAUCAGCACAGUUUCUUGAAGAUGUGAACCAACAGCUUAAAGCUCUGUCAAACAGUGUUGCCUUCUUCGAGCGUCUGGACCAAAGCUACGAGAAUAUUGGUGAAUGGGAGACGAUUGUGUUUCAAACGGUGGUUACCAACGAGGGUAGGGCGUACAAUGGAACUACGGGUGAAUUCACCGCACCAGUGGAUGGCACUUACGUAUUUUAUUCGAGCAUCUUGACGAGAGCAGGAAGGUCUAUUGAAACAUCUCUCAAAGUCAAUGACAUCAACAAACUGUACCUUUAUUCCGGAGGGACAGCCAAAUUCUAUGGCUCAGGCAGCAACAUGGCGGUUUUGAAUCUGAUCUCUGGGGAUAAAGUUAAGAUGGUGAAACAUGGGUCUUGGGGAUCGGGGCCAUUCUACAUUCAUGUUAACUGGAGUACUUUCUCCGGCUUUCUACUGAAACCAAGCUUCUGAAUCCACAUGCAUUUCAAAGGAAUCAUUGGUUUCAUAUUUGAUUGAAGAAUGGUAAUCGUUUUGCUCCAGUUGUGUUUUUGUUACGAAAUGACUCACUAUAAUCAUGUUUUUAUGUUACUAUGAAAGAAAAUGUGCAAGUUUGAAUAUAUGCUGUAAUAUUAUUCAAGAAAUUAUGUGCACUAGCUUUAAAAUACAAAUGUCAAAAUCAUCAGAUUCUUCUUGCCACGCAUCAUUACAGGUUUAAUUCAUUUGUGUUUUAAAACCUGUUUAAUAUAUCGUAUUGAAUUCAGUCAGGUAAAUAAUCUAUAAUAGUCAAUCAAAGUAAAUAUUAUAUGUUAGCAUUUAAAUUAAGCACACAUAAACAAACACACACGCGC